AUGAAUAACUUACUGUUAUUAAUAGUAUUUUUAUCCUUUAUUUCAUUGUUUUCAUCAAGAUCAUUGGAAUUUAAUGACAAAAAUUUAGCUGAAACAUUGAGUUUGGAAAACGCUCAAGUACCAGUCAUCUUAAAUGAUGAAGAAGAUAAAAAAACAAUACAAAAAAGACAACCAAACAGAAGACGACAAAGAAGAAGAAAUAGACAAAGAAGAAACUUAAGAAAUGCUAUUGCUAAUGUGAAUGCCCAACUUUCACAAUUACAACAACAAGUGAUAUCUCUUCAAAGCCAAAUUUCGCAGAUAGCGACACAACCAACACAGGCAACUCAACCAACACAAGCAACACAAUCAUCACAACCAACUCCAGAUCCAAAUCAACCAACAGCAAAUCCAAAUCAACCAACAGCAGAUCCAAAUCAACCAACAGCAAAUCCAAAUCAAUCAACAGCAGAUCCAAAUAAUUCACCAAAUCAAUCAAAUCCAUAA